AUGAAAGGACAGCGAUCGAACAUUGCCUCUACACAAUCUUCGAGUCUCCAUGAAGUCAGAGGAAUCUGUUGUGACAGUAACAGAAUCGAAACCAGCCACGAUGCAAUGGUUGUUAAAUCAACAAUGACGUCUUCACGAGCUAGGGUUAGGAAAAAGAGAAACAAGGUUUUAGAAGACCAAACCACAAUAUCAGAUUUGCUUCCGACAGAUCUCCUUAUGGACAUAUUAAAACUGUUACCAGCUAAAACCCUAGUUAGGUUCCUAUGCGUAUCAAAGCUUUGGUCAUCAAUCAUCCGCCGCAAAGAUUUCAAGAAACUGUUCCUCACCGAGUCUUCGAACCGACCGCAUCGUCUUUUCUUUAUCUCGCCGCAAGAUGAAGACAAAGACAAAGACUGUGUCCUUUUCUCUCUUGAAACCGAUGAUUCAGGUGAAGCCUUGAUAGCUGCCUACCAUAAAACACAUCUUCCAUAUCCUUACACAUACGACGCUGCCCAUGUUCGCGAUAUGAUUUGCUUUAGAGCUGAUUUUACUUACGAGGAUCUUGUGGUAUACAAUAACAGCACAAGAAGAUCAAUCACAUUGCCCAAACUCGACUCUCAAAGUUUUGUUGUUACGCACUUCUUGAGUUAUGAUCCUAUCGAUGAUGUUUACAAAGUCUUGUGUAUGACUAGAUUAAAGAAUAACUUCAAUGAUGCCGGUGAGUUUGUUUUGGCAGUGUUGUAUUGGUGCGAACCACCAUAUUAUGUUUACUAUUAUGAUCCGAAAAGGAAUAGUCUGAGAAAAGUUCCGAUCACUGGACUAAGAUGGCCUUUUCCGACCUAUCUCUUUACUAGUCAGGUUGAGAGUUUAAUGUUUCUGUAA